AUGGCGAGUAAUGCCGCCAACCUCAACGCCGUGCGGGAGACGAUGGACGUUCUGUUUGAGAUUUCAAGAAUAUUAAACACUGGCCUGGAUAUGGAGACAUUAUCUAUCUGUGUGCGUCUUUGUGAACAGGGGAUAAAUCCAGAAGCAUUAUCAUCUGUUAUUAAAGAACUGCGUAAGGCCACAGAAGCUCUAAAGGCUGCUGAAAAUAUGACAGGCUGA